UGGAGCCAUUUUCCAGCGAGCGGCGCAGCAGUUCGACUCCGUUUUUAAAUCCAAACCAUCUGCGCUUUAGUGGGACUAAUAUAAUCCCAAACGUGGCCAAAUCGAUAGUUAAGAGUCUCAUCUUUUAUUUCAGACCGAUAUUGAUGACAUAAACGCGGCGUGUAGGUACAAAAAAAGCCUUCAAAUCAAGGAGGGACAAAAGGACGGCCCCCGUACUCGAGUCCACGACGAUGAGAAGAGGGAUCUCAUCAGCCCCGGAGAAAGUCAUAAUCGCAGGGGUUGGUGGCUCUUCGCUGGACAAAAACGCUGUUUUGACGGCCUUGUCUGAUCGCCUGACCUCUCAUCUCCCCACCACAGCUUAUAUCCAAAUCAUAACCCCGCCGCCGGGCAUUUCUCAGACCUCCACCGUGUGUCUGUCCGAUCCUCCGGCGGCCAGUUUGUACACAACCCCGCACGGGAACAACGGAGCCGGACCACGACCUGCCCUAGGACGCCCUCCGGCAAAGAGACGCUUGGCCUUGGAUGAUGCUGACCACUUGUAUACGACUGAAGUAGCCAAAACACCCAAGACUCAAAAUGGAGCACCGCUAGCUGUGCUGAAGGGCAACAAAACUCCAAAGUCUCCAUCAGAGAAAACACGCUAUGACACUUCUCUGGGCCUCCUGACUAAGAAGUUUGUGCAGCUGUUAGGCCAGUCUUCUGACGGAGUGGUAGACCUGAACCAAGCAGCUGAAGUCCUCAAUGUCCAGAAGAGGCGGCUCUACGAUAUUACCAAUGUGCUGGAGGGGGUUCAUCUAAUCAAGAAGAAAUCGAAGAACAAUAUACAAUGGAUGGGCUGUAAUUUGUCAGAAGUUGGUGGGGCUUUAACUCAGAAGCAGACUCUGAGCAGUGAGGUGGCUCAGCUGGUGCAGGAGGAGCGCCGGCUGGACGAGUUGAUCCAGAAAUGCACCCAGGAGGUGAAGCAGAUGACUGAGUCGUCGAAUGGUCAGAAAUUCGCUUAUGUGACAUAUCAAGACUUGCGCCGGGACCGUAGCCUGAGAGAUCAGACGGUCAUUGUGGUCAGAGCACCUGCUGGGACCAAGCUGGAAGUCCCUGAUCCACAAGAGGGUUUACAAGUACAUCUCACCAGUACGAAGGGCCCUAUAGAUGUCUUCCUGUGUCCGGAUGAGAAUACGCCUGACAGUCCGGUGAAAAAUGAAGGUUUGCGCUUGAAUGGAAACUCCUCACCUUUCAUGAAAGUGUUAGACGAUGGAGGCUCUAGUCGGGCUGGUCCAGCAGUAACGGUCACCAGCUUGUCGCCCAUCACAUCUCCAUACACCAGCCUGCUGCAGCAGACAGAAGACCAGAUCCCCUACGCCGACGGGCCCUUCAUCAGCCUGGGCUCGCCCCCUCUCAGUGAGGACUACCUCAUGAGCCUGGGUGAAGGAGAGGGCAUCACUGACCUCUUUGAUGACCUGGACAGGCUUCCAAACCUUGAUGACCUCCUGUGCAACUGAAAGGGUCUCAAGGUGAGACUCCAUCUUGGUUUGAGAGGACAUUUCAGCCCAACCUUACUGAGAUAACAAGGAUCCACUGUGCAGUUGCAUUGACAAGUGCGACUUGCCCGUGACCUUUAUUUGGAAGUGGCUUUUUUCAGUUUUUCCUUACCUCUUUAGCAGCAUAUAGGAGCUGCGUUUUGAAAUGGGUAUCAGAAUUUACCCCUUUCUCCUGUCUUCAAUGAAAUAAUUCUCUUUCAGAGGCCUUUGAUUUAUCAUUGACUGUUUGUAUAAGGAAUAUGUUCUCUUGCUCACAUCAGUAAACAUGUGAGUGUGAGAGUGAGUUUCUGUGUAGAAUUACACAGCAUAUCUUCAGCUUAUUCUGCUGCCUGUCUUGUUCAUAAAGAAAUGACAUACUAGCAGCAUAAGGUCACACCAUUAUUCAGGGGACACUUGUAUAGAAAUGUCUGCACUUGUUGCAGAUUACUACACUCCCUUUCAAUCAAUGACCUGUUUAAGUGAAAUCCCCUCACAAUCGAGUUUUUCUUGACUAUUGAAGGCCAUUCAUGUUCGGACACAGCUAAAGAGAUCUCAAAGUCAAGUUUCUUUAGUAUGGAGCUAAUAUCUUCUAUAGACCAAAGGGUAAAAUGGCACCUCAUUCAUUUUCAUGGAGAAUCAACAUGUUCUGACACUGGCAGCGUAUCCAGCUGAUGUGAAUUGAAACGGGGGAUUUGCAUGCGCCAGUGCCCAGUUCCAUUUCAACUUUGGAAGUGCACUUUAGAUCUCUUUUCCUGGAUGUAUGCUCGUGGUGCCACCAUCCAACUGAAAAGAAGAAAAAAAGCUCUAGGCAUUUUUGUGUGGGCAGUGAUUUCUGUCCGUUGUGGCACUGCUUUACUGGAAGGGAAAUGACUUGCAAUUCUUGCUAUGUUUUUAUCAGCUUGUCAUUGGAAAUUUUCAGCUGCACUGUUGAGGUGUUAAGUAUAGAAAGUGUGUUUUCUAAGUGUUGCUUGAUCAAUUUUAAAUACAAGGCAGGUGUCCUUGACUAAAGCCAUUGAUGUUUAAAAGGUAUGGUACUGUUCUGUAGGCUUGACCUAAUUUAAGUAGGUGGUCACUCACUCUUGAUCUUCAGUUGAUCUGGAAAUGAAGCUAACAAUCAUACCAAAACUCCACGUGGCUCUGUUGGACGAUCCAAGCUUUCAUUGGAGAUGUCCAAGUCUGAUUCUACGUUUUGUUUGCUAGUAGAUAAUUGGAACAGUGAAUGUACGUCUGGCUGCUUCACAGCUAACACUUGGGUUCACAGACGGGCAAAAUCUGCAGUACCUGGAGCUCAAGGCCUGUGAUUUGAAUACUUCUGUUUCACAUCACUUGAAUCACCUGGCAUUUACCCUAUGCUCAAAUGGCGUAAAUAGUGUAAAUUUCAUGCGUAAAUAGCGUGCACUUCAUGUAUCAAGGUUGCAUAUCAUCUGGGUUUUGCAAGCUUUACUGCUGCAUAAGAGUUUGAAAUACACACUCUGGAAAUUUAACAUGUUUGUUCUUAUGAUUCAAUUCUAAUAUAUAUAACUUCUGUAAUAACAAUAUAAAUAAUACAUGUUAAUUAUUUGAAUUGGCUUUUUGUGAAGGGGGUGGUGGUAUUGGGCUGAAUAAUCCUGAUUGGUUUGCCCCAGCACUAUGUACUGCAGACUACCUCCAAACCUAUGUUACAUUUAUAAUAUUGUUAGUAUGUAUUAAACUGUUCCUUUCUGUUUCUGUUCUGUUGCUUCCAGCAUCACAACUGCUUUUGUAUCAGUUUUCUCCGUUUUCUUCUCCCCCUCUUUCCUCCCCAUUACUAUUACUUUGAGCUGCUCAUGUAAUCCCACAUGAAAGAUUUCACCUUGGUCAGAUACCUUAUUUACUGCCAUUUCUAUAAAUCAGUUUAUCUGGAAAAUUCUAAUUUUAUACACAACUUUCAAAUUUCCAUUUAAGUGACUUUUUGGUAUAGUAUGGGGUUUGAACAUGUAGUUAAUGUUCCCCGUUUGAGCCACAUGGUGGCAUUAGAUUCAAUGCUUUGUGCUGAAAACCAUCAGUAACACUUCCUGUAUUAGUCAACUGUGCCUUCAGCAGCUGUACGUUAGUAAGCAUGCUUUUAGCAUUUUGAUAUAAUCAUGCACCAAAAGAUCUUAAUGUUUUUGCUCAGUUGGUUUGUUUUUAAAAGAAAGUUAAGACAUGAACAUUGUAGCCUGGUGCAUGUUUUCAUUAAUGCUGAUCCUGCUUUGUGUGGCUCUGAUCUAACAGUUUAUUCAGUUCAUUAAGGAUUGAAACCAGAUGUGAUGGAACUAAAUGCUACAAGCUGUUGGUACACCUGCCAUGUUCUUGAGGCUUUUAGAGCUUCUGAGUUUGUCAGCUUGUGUAGAGUGUGUACACGAUAUUGGUAGGCAUUUUGUGUUGCUGUAACUUUGAUCAAAACAAUGAUUCAGACUCUAGGUCGACUGUAUACUGUUAUUCCCCCACAUAGCUGGAAUAUACCCAUGUACCUUGAUGUACUGUAAAUGAUUAGUACUUAGCCAUAAUUAUGACUGGAUUAUUGGUAAGAGUCUACUGCUUGUUUCUCUCCAGUGAUUCCACCAUGAAAGAUUUACACUAGUUACCUGUCACCACCCUGUAUGGUGUCUAAUGAAAACCACAUGAUUUACAGUGUAGCUCGCUUACUGCAAUACUUUGUCAGUUUUGUGGAUGCACAGUUUGAUUUUAUGGUUGUUAGAAUUAGGUUUAUGAAGCUCAUUGUAACUUUUGAAGUUUGUGGUUGUUUUUCCAUCAGUUUAGUAUGGUAUCACAUGCAUUGCCCUUUAUUACAGAAUGAAUGUUCACCAUCAGAUUGUGUAAGCAAUGGUUAAGUGCAUCCUGAAGAAAUAUACCAGUCUCAACUGUGGGCCCAUAAUGGA